GAUAUAAUCAAUCAAUUUUGAUCUCCUUUUUUGGGUCUGUCUGUCUUUUUGCGAUCAUCCGGGAACUACCAAUUAAUUAAGGGAGAGAGAUCAGAUGGAGGAGGAGGAGGAGGGGACGGGCCGCGAAGGGUUGCUGGAGAAAGAGGAGGAGAGCUGCGGGCUGCAGGUGCGGGGGCCGGGAUGGCGGCGGCGAAGGCAGCUGAUGAUGAUCUGGGAGGAAGGGAAGCGGGUGGGGCAUCUGGCGGGGCCGAUGGUGGCGAUGGGGCUGACGCAGCUGCUGGUGCAGGUCGUCUCCAACAUGAUGGUCGGCCACCUCGGCCAGCUCUCCCUCUCCAGCGCCGCCAUCGCCACCUCCCUCACCGGCGUCACCGGCUUCAGCCUCCUCCUAGGAAUGGCAAGUGGAUUGGAGACUCUAUGUGGGCAAGCAUAUGGGGCGCAACAAUAUCGCAUUCUGGGAAUCCACACCUACAGGGCUAUAGUAACUCUCCUAGCAGUGAGCCUCCCCAUCUCUGUUUUAUGGGUCUCAAUGGGCAAAAUCCUCUCCUUCAUUGGCCAAGAUCCCAUGAUCUCACUCGAGGCGGGAAAGUACGCAAUCUGGAUGAUCCCCGGCUUAUUCGCCUAUGCGACUGUUCAACCCCUCAUGAAGUUUCUUCAGUCUCAGAGCCUGAUCAUUCCUAUGCUGCUAAGCUCGAUUGCGACACUAUGCUUUCACGUUCCUCUGUGUUGGGUUUUGGUAUUCAAGACACGAUUGGGCAACGUUGGCGCUGCUCUUUCUAUAAGCAUUUCAUACUGGUUGAAUGUCCUGCUGCUCGGAAUUUAUAUCAAUUUCUCGAAUUCUUGUAAGGCGACUCGAAUGCCUUUCUCAAUGGAGGCCUUCACAGGGAUCAGUGAGUUCCUGCGUUUUGCCCUACCAUCGGCAAUAAUGAUAUGUCUUGAAUGGUGGUCCUUUGAGCUGCUUAUCCUGCUGUCUGGGCUCCUGCCUAAUCCAGAGCUUGAAACCUCGGUGCUUUCAAUUUGCCUAACUAGCAUCACAUUGCUAUAUACUAUACCAUAUGGUCUUGGUGCUGCCACAAGUACACGAGUAUCAAACGAAUUAGGUGCGGGGAACCCUGAAGGAGCUCGGUCGGCAGUCCGCGUCGUGAUGUUUCUCGCCGUUAUGGAGGCUGCUAUCGUGAGCAGCACGCUUUUGGCCUCGCGUAAAAUCCUGGGUUAUGCCUACAGCAAUGAGGAGGAGGUGAUAGCUUAUGUGACAAAGAUGGUUCCCCUAGUGUGCAUCUCUGUGAUCACUGAUAGUCUGCAAGGGGUCCUGUCAGGUAUUGCAAGAGGAUGUGGGUGGCAACACUUGGGUGCCUAUGUUAAUUUGGGAUCUUUCUAUCUAGUUGGGAUCCCGCUGGCUGUAACUUUAGGAUUUCUGCUGCAUAUGGGUGGAAGAGGCCUUUGGAUUGGUAUAGUGUGUGGUUCCACAACGCAGUCUGUUCUUCUCUCGCUGAUAACAUGGUUCACUAACUGGCAACAAAUGGCGAAUAUCGCGAGAGAGCGAAUUUUGAACGAAAAGGUACCACCGGAAAGCACAUUGAUCUAGCUGACCUUGUUGAUAAAUUCUGUAUCUCACUUUGCCUCACCAUAUUACUAGUAAUUAUCUUGUCUAUCUUGCUGAAAAAUAAAAAUAAAAAAACAACGGAUUACUUCAUUCGGCUGAGAAACAGAACCUUGCAUAGAAAAUUCUACGCCGUUGGACUUUUGUAGCUAAUUGCUGUUUCUAUUGAGGUUUUCUUACUAA